GGCCACGUCUGCGAGUCCGGUCUUGUUCCAAACGCGGCGGCGAGGGAGUUGGUCCGCGCGGCGGAGGUGAAGGGGAGUUCCCUGGCUGAGACAUGGAUUUAGAUGCUCUUACAAAGCGCUCAGCAUUCCAUGCCAAGCCUGAUGGACUCAUUCUUCAAUAUGGGACUGCAGGAUUUCGAACGAAAGCAGAACAUCUUGAUCAUGUCAUGUUUCGCAUGGGAUUAUUAGCUGUCCUGAGGUCAAAACAGACAAAAUCUACCAUAGGAGUCAUGGUAACAGCAUCACACAAUCCUGAGGAAGACAAUGGUGUAAAAUUGGUUGAUCCUCUGGGUGAAAUGUUGGCACCAUCCUGGGAGGAACACGCUACUUGUUUGGCAAACGCUGAGGAUCAGAAUUUACAGAGUGUGUUGAUGGACAUCAGCGAGAAGGUGGCUGUGAAUCUGCACCAGGACGCCUUCGUGGUGAUCGGUAGAGAUACCAGGCCAAGCAGUGAGAAACUUUCACAGUCUGUUAUAGACGGUGUGACUGUUUUAGGAGGUCAAGUCCAUGAUUACGGCUUGUUAACAACGCCCCAGCUGCACUACAUGGUGUACUGUCGAAAUACCAGUGGCCAGUAUGGAGAGGCCACCACGGAAGGAUACUACGAGAAGCUCUCCAAGGCCUUUGUGGAGCUUACUGGACAGGCCUUCUGCAGUGGAGAUGACCAUAGGAAACUUAAGGUGGACUGUGCCAAUGGCAUAGGGGCCCUGAAGCUGGGGGAGAUGAAACCCUACUUCUCCCAGGGGCUGUCAGUUCAGCUCUUUAAUGAUGGAUCUGGAGGGAAACUCAAUUACUUCUGUGGGGCCGACUUUGUGAAAACUCAUCAGAAACCUCCACAGGGAAUUGAAAUGAAGUCCAAUGAGAGAUGCUGUUCCUUUGAUGGAGAUGCGGACAGAAUCGUUUAUUACUACCAGGACGUGGAUGGUCACUUUCAUCUCUUAGACGGGGACAAGAUAGCGACACUAAUUAGCAGUUUCCUGAAAGAGCUCGUGUUGGAGAUUGGAGAAAGUCUGAAUAUUGGUGUUGUACAAACUGCAUAUGCAAAUGGAAGUUCAACACGGUAUCUUGAAGAAGUUGUGAAGGUACCUGUCUAUUGCACUAAAACUGGUGUGAAACAUUUGCACCACAAGGCUCAAGAGUUUGACAUUGGAGUUUAUUUUGAAGCAAAUGGGCACGGCACAGUCCUGUUUAGUAAAGCUGCUGAAACGAAGAUAAAACAACUAGCAAAAGAAUUAGAAGAUAAGAAAAGCAAAGCUGCUAAGAUGCUUGAAAACGUUAUUGACUUGUUUAACCAGGCAACUGGUGAUGCUAUUUCUGACAUGCUGGUGAUUGAGGCAGUCUUGGCUCUGAAGGGCCUGACCAUACAGCAGUGGGAUGCUCUCUACACGGAUCUUCCAAACAGACAGCUCAAGGUUAAGGUGGCAGACAGGCAAGUUAUUAGCACCACAGAUGCUGAAAGACAAGUGGUUAAACCCCCAGGACUCCAGGAGGCCAUCAAUGACCUGGUGAAGAAGUACAAGCUUUCCCGCGCUUUUGUGCGGCCCUCGGGUACAGAAGACAUAGUCCGAGUCUACGCAGAAGCAGACUCGCAAGAAAGUGCGGACAGCCUUGCAUAUGAAGUGAGCCUGGCAGUAUUUCAGCUGGCUGGAGGAGUGGGAGAAAGACCUCAAUCAGGUUUCUGAGGACAAUUUUUAUACUCUUGAGAAACUGGUUUUUUAAAGUUUUUAUAAAAUAAUAGUACUGCCAUUAUUGUGACAGCUUCAAACACAUUUAUAAUGUUUGUUUACAGUGCACCUUACUGGUUUCUAGAUCUGAUUGUUUUUCUUAAACACUACCAGAAUAAUUCUUUAGAAAUAGAUAAGCUGAAAAAAAUGAAAUUUACCUCUGAUAUCAAUCUCACUAAUGUAAAAUAUUGGCACUUAAGUGUAUGAUUCUGUCAUUAACUUUAUAAUAUGAGCAAGGCAAAAUUCAUGAAGGCUGCUAGAAAAUUAAAUUUUAUUUAUUACCA